GAACUCCAGGAACUCCGCAAUUCCGGAAUUCUUUUUCAACUACUACGGUUUUUUGCAAAUUUGAUUUGCUGGUUACGAUUUGAGAAUAACUGAAGCGACUGAUUUAUUGCGACAGGGAUUUUUUGUUUUGGUGGGGUGCAAGCAAGUUCGUUAAGAAGCAGGUUGUGGUGAUAAUUGAGGUGGUUGGCAAAAGACACACGAGACGCAAAGAGGUGGCUGGGAACGUAUAAUACACCACCCAACACAACCACAUCUUCGAUUUUAAGUUCCUCCCUUAUCUUUCCUAUCCAUCACCCUGAAAUUCUGGACCUGUUCCAUUCCUUCACUAACUCGAUAAUUUUCGCUUUUCGCUGCGGUUUAGAAAUCGAAGGUUGACGACUACGAGACACGAACGGAUUUGACGAUACCUUGGGGAUUUCGACGACUUGGGAUACACUUUACAGUUGUACGAGAGUACUGAAACGGAUCAAUUACGUCAAUCACGAAUCCCCUUGAGGAGAGAGAGCAUCACAACCUCCCCUUCUUAGCUUCAGCAGCUGGGGCGAGGCAGCUCAACCACACCUCCCUCACCUCCCUCACCAGCACCACCACAACACUCUCACAAUGCAUCUCCCAACGCCCCUCCUCCUCCUCACCCUCACGACCCUCCUCCCCUCCGCCCUCGCCGGCCCCUUCCCCCGCAACGCAGGCCACGACUACGCCGGCUCCGGCUUCCUAAUGCACCGUCAAUGCGACUCCUACUGCGGCUACGGCGACGCCUACUGCUGUUCCGCCGGGCAAGUCUGCACCACCGACGCCGCAAACAUCGCUGCGUGCGUUGCUCCCACUGCCGGUAGCGGCGGCGGGGGUGAUGGGAGCUGGAACUACUACACCACCACCAUCAUCGACGCCGUCGAGACAACCCGCGUCGUAACGAUAUCCUCCUUCAUCGGCGCGCCGGCGAGUCCACAACCUUACGUCGCGCAGAGCACGGCGAUUUGCUACGCCCCUCUCACGUCGUGUGGAACGAUCUGCUGCGCUACGAAUCAGGAAUGCUAUACCAGCGGGCAAUGCCGCGCUAAACAAGAUGGCAGCGGUGGCGGUGGGGUUGUGACAAGUGGUCCCCAGCCCACUGCACCCGUGAAGGGGACGAGCGUCAUCGCUACCACCGUGCCAAUUACUACAACCCAGGGUUUCGUGGCACCUGUUGAGACGACGGGGUCGAGCGAGACCAUCACCUCUGGCCACAAGUCCGGGCUGAGCGGCGGCGCGAUCGCAGGGAUUGUUAUUGGUGUCCUAGCCGGUAUCAUAUUCCUCCUCUUCCUCUGCGCGUGCUGCUGUCUCAGCGCCGGUAUUAAGGGGGUAUGGCACCUCAUCUCUGGCAAGAAGAAGGGGGAUAGUCGCCGCGGCUCGCGGACUGAAGUUACUACCGAGACCCGACGACACUCAACGCGCUACGGUGGCUCGGCGGCGUCGAGACGAGAGACGCAUGGAGGUUGGUUCGGCGGCGCGGUGCCGAGUGGAAGGGAUAAUGAGAAACAUGAUAAGCAUAAGAAGGAGGCUGUGGGACUUGCGGGGCUGGGAUUGGGGUUGGCGGCGCUGUGGGCGGGGAUGAAGUUUAAUAAGAAGAAGAAGGAGGAGAGGAGGCAGAGUGGGUCGUAUUAUACGAGUUAUACGGAGAGUUAUACGGGGACUACCGAUAGUAGCUCGAGCUCUGGCGGACGGACGAGGAAUUCGAGGAGGUCGAGGUCGAGGAGGUGAUUGUGGCCUCCCUCAUUUUUUGCUGAGAGAAAAAUCGAUUUGAUCGUGUAGCGACGUUUUUUUUACGGCAUUUUCAUGGCUUGUAAGCCACUGGAGUUUGGGAUGAAUAUGGCAUUUACAUUGGGGGAUGAAAGACGAGGGAUAUAUGAGAUGAGAUGGAUGUGUAUGAAUUAUGGAUAUGGAUAAUAGGGAUGAUGGAACGGUGGGAAAACAACUGUGGAUAUGUCAAAUUGGAAUGAUGGGGGUUGAUGAUAUUGAACGGGCAAAGUACAUAGGAAAUCAAGACCCGCACGAUUUGAAUCAAUAUUUGAAGAUUCAAUUAUAUUCUUGUCUUGUUUAGAGAAGUGAUUUGAUGAUA